AUGGGGGUAGCACAGUUGGUCGAAACAUCAGAUACAGCAAUGUAUUAUUGUGGAGUUAGGCGGGACUUUGGAACUGUUUUUGGAGCAGGAGUCUUUCUGACAAUUAAUGGUUCAGAAGGAGGGCAAUCCAACAGCAAGACUGUGGUGCAGCAGCCUGUGUCAGACCCAGUGCGUCCAGGAGACUCGGUGACUCUGCAGUGUACAGUAGACAGUGAGACCUGUGCAGGAGAACACAGUGUUUACUGGUUCAGACACGGCUCAGGAGAAUCCCUUCCGGGACUCAUUUACACCCAUGGAAACAGGAGAGAUGAGUGUGAGAAGAGCCCUGAGGCUGGGUCUCCUACACACGGCUGUGUCUACAGCCUCCCCAAGAGGAACCUCAGCCGCUCUGAUGCUGGGAUUUACUACUGUGCUGUGGCCACAUGUGGGGACAUUCUGUUUGGAAAUGGGACACAGCUGGAAAUUAAAGGACCUUCUGUAGAUCCAAUAGUCCUUGGUCAGGGAGUCCUGCUUGUUUUGUGUGUGAUUGUCAUCAUUGUGCUGGUCUGCACCAGAAAUAAAAAAUGCUGUCAGAAUUGUACAGCCCCAGCCAUGGGUGGAAAAAGGCACAGGCAAACUGCUUUCAUUCCUCCUUUGCCUUGGGGGGUCAACGUGAUGGAAUACCCAUGA